AUGUCGUCGUCGAUUGCAAUUCCGAUGACCCCGUCGUCGGCCAACACAUAUCACCACCACCAGUCCGUUCAGGUCCGGGAUGCUGCUAGUUCUUCCUCGUCGACGUACUCGAGUUCACCUCGAACCUCUUCACCGACUUCCGCUCAGAAGCGAAAGAUGGUCCACGAACGUCGGCCCAGCCUUCUCAGUUCCGCGUUGUCGAAGCAGGAAAGUACCGUUAUCAACAUCGGCGAACCGAACGGAACUCCCCGCCUUGUAAGACCACUUUCGUCCUCCUCAAGGAACGUCGAGGAACGUCGGCUAACACAGAGUCAGAUCACCUACCUCUCCUCGAGCCAGGGCUUUGCGUGGAACCCAGAAAUCUUCCUGCCGUCAUACGUUGACUGCGACUACGUACCCCUCGAGAACAGACGGGAGCCCGUACACGAGAUUGUCCUCAGCGACGAGGAGAUUAAUAACAUGUUCCCCCAAUAA